ACGGCACACCGGACGUGAGGGAAUAGCAAGGCUGAAAGUGGUUUCUGCCAUUGUUGGAUCUGGGAAGCGAUCGGGAUUUUCAUGUCAUUCCAGUGCUGUACCCGGGUGUGUUAUGUCCUGUGCUGGUGGCCGUGAUAGGGUCUGCUAGAAUCUGAAAGAAUGUGUGGCUAUCAAACAAAGGUCGUGUGAAGAAACAUCUUUGUGUUUCUCUUCAACCUGCAAGUAGCAUAUAUCUGACAACUCUAUGAUGGAGAAAGACCAGCAUCAAUUGACAGAGACUUUAUUAAGUCUGACCCUGAGGAUCAUCUACUUGUUGACUGGAGAGGAAUAUGUUAUUGAGAAGAAGUCUCGUGGCUGUAUAUCAGGGAACUUGGAUAAGACUCAGAGUAACAUCAGGGAACCUUCAUCUCACUCCAGAACAAAUAAGAAGGACAAUGAUCAGAAGAUCCUAGAACUCACCAAUAGGAUUGUGUAUCUGUUGACUGGAGAGGUUCCUAUCAGAUGUCAGGAUGUUGCUGUCUAUUUCUCCAUGGAGGAGUGGGAGUAUUUAGAAGAACACAAAGGUCUGUACCAAAAUGUGGUGACUGAGAAUCUCCUUACUUCAGUGGGUUCCAAAAAUGAUGAGGAAAUAGCAGAAGAAUGUAUUAUCUCUGAUUCUUCACCAGAAUGUUCAAAUCAUUAUUCUACGGAUGAAGAAUCCAUCUCAUGUGAAGAAAUAGACAUAUCAGACAAUGACCUCUGCAAACCCACAGAUCAUAUGCAAAAAUAUUCAUCGUGUACUCUUAAUAUGGAAGAAAUAGGGUGCACAGAAGAGGAUAUCAUAAACACAGACAUUUAUAUACCCAUAGAUCAUGAAAUACAAUCUCCAUCUACUUCUGUAACUGGAAAAUUGGUCUCUAGUGAAGGUCAAAAGCAUGCAAGUAUUGACAUUAUUACCAUCCCAGAUCAUUCUCCCACCCGGUUUGGUGUAAAUGGAGAGUGUGAUUGGUCUGAUCAUGCAAAUGCGCUGUAUCAGGGCGUCUUGGAUAAGCCUAGUAAUUCCAUUAACAGCCUGUACCAUAAGCCUUUUCCUUCUGGUAUCCAGACACUGAAUAAUAAAGAUAUAAAAUACAAUGGCUCACUAUGUGAGGAACCUUUUACAAAAUUCUUUGACCAUACUGUUGAUCAUACAGAUGCUCAAUCCUUUAUCUGCAGCAAAUGUGGAAAGUGUCUUCCUACUGAGUCAGAUCUGGACACCCACCAAAAGAGUCAUAUUAAAGCAAGCAUGUGUUCAGGAGUAAAUGGAAAGAAAUCAUUUACUCGUAACCCCAUUCCAAAACCAGAUUCUAGUGGAGAAGAAGAACUGAAAUGUCAGAUCUGUGGUUUAUGUUUCAGCAAUAGAAUUGAUCUUGUCACCCACCAUCAAAUUCAUAUCAAGAAACCAUAUCCCUGUUCAAUAUGUGGACGGGGAUUUUAUAGCCGUUCAGGACUGGUCACACAUCAAAAAACUCAUGCAUUCCAGAGGCUUUAUGAUUGUCCCACAUGUGGAAAAACGUUUAUUUCAAAUGCUCAUCUAAUAUUACACCAAAAGAUACAUGCUGAGCCUGGAGGCGGUUCAGGAGGAGACUCUAAUGCAUCGGAGUAUCAGCAUUUCGGAAGCCAAGAUAAAUUAUUCACUUGCUCCAUGUGUGGUGAAUGCUUCUACAGCAGUGAACAUUUUCUACAGCAUCAAAAAAGCCACUUUAAGAGCGAUCCUCUUAUGUGCCCGGAUUGUGGGAAGCUCUUCAUGAGAAAGUCAGGACUCUCUAAGCAUCAGAGAGUUGUCCACCGAGGAGAUGUAGCACUGUCUUGUGUCGCAUGUGGAAAAGGCUUUGCUUGCAAAUCAGAGCUAUCUAGACAUAUGGCUGUUCACUCAGGACAGAAACCAUACACAUGCACUGUGUGUGGAAAGUGCUUCUCCUUUAAAUCAGCUCUUGUCAGACAUCAAAGGAUUCACUCUGGAGAUAGACUGCAUUACUGCCCUAUGUGUGGAAAGGGAUUUUCAUGCAACUCCGAGCUUCUUCGGCAUCAAUCUGUUCAUCAGAGUCUAUAUCUGACUACAAUGGUUCUGCCUGUAGCUACACCAGUUGAUGAUGACACUAGAGGGAGCAUCUCAGGAGAGGCCUAACAAAAUAUUUUAUGAUGUGCAAUCUCUUUUUAACUCAGGUUUAUCUACUUAAACACACAAAGUUGACCUCUCAAAACCCAAAAUUCCUUUUUAUGACUGCUCUGAAUUCGCCAUGCAAUGUCAGAGGCAGGCACACGGACAAAGCAAUUCUACUUUAUCAUAUCUUCUUGGACGCUUGCUAGGGUGGCAUUAGGAAAUGGGAUAUAGGAGUACUAACACUUGAAUAUAUAGGUAAUGCGUGGAGUAAAGCUGGCCAUGCAGUAGAGAUCUGGGACAGCCAAAAAUGCAGAUCCAUCGGCACCUUUUUCCUUUUUGUGACAUAAUGAAAUUGUCAUUUGUCACGUUUGAUUGUUUUUCCAGUUAUUGUAGGGUACUGUAGUUAAAAAGCCGUUUGUGCCUGCAUCCCAAAAAAAACGGACUAUGAAUGACUACAAUGUCAAAAAACGGACUAUGAAUGAGAAGUUGUUUAGAUCACUGCUGUUAAUUCCUAAUGUAUGGCCAGCUUUAGAAUUUGGGGUUCUGUGGAGCGCACAAUGAAAUUUUAUUGUCAUAAUAUAAUUUUUACUUAUUUCAUGUGAAUGGUUUUAUAUAGUUUGUAAAAAAUUAAAUCUAUUCUACACUUUGAGGACUAAAAAGUUGCAUCAAA